AUGAUAGAUCCAAUGGAAAAUAACGAACUUAUUCAUGAACCAUUUGAUUAUGAUCAUUUUUUUAGUGAACAUACGGAUGAUUAUCAUACAAUGUCUUGUAUUGAAUCAAUCAAUUCAACAAAUGAAAAUCUUUUAAAUUUAAAUAAUAAUAAUAAUAAUAAUAUUGAUACCCCAACUAAAAAUCGUAUAACAGGCAAUAUUUUAAUGGGUACAGCUGUAGAUGAAUAUUUCAGCUCCGAGGUGAAUAUAAUCAAUGGUCAAGUAAUUAAAACUGAACCAACAACACAAUAUUUCAAUGGUAGUGCAAAUCAAUAUAAUAGCAAUCAACAACCAUUUAAUAUUGAUCAUAUUGUUUAUAAUACUACAAAUGUUUCAAAUCAACCAAUAUAUAACAUUCAACAAGUAAAUAUUCAAGCAAUAAAUAAACCAGUUUCAUCACCACCUCCGCCAAGAAUUUAUAAACCAUGUGUUGUUUGUGGAGAUAAAAGUUCAGGUUAUCAUUAUGGUGUUUCAAGUUGUGAAGGCUGCAAAGGCUUUUUUCGACGUAGUGUACAAAAAAAUAUGGCAUAUCAAUGUCAUAAAGAUCAAAAUUGUGAAAUAAAUAAAAUGACAAGAAAUCGAUGUCAAUAUUGUCGUUUUCAAAAAUGUUUUUCUGUUGGUAUGAGUAAAGAAGAAUUACGUAUAUUGAAUCAUACAAAAAAAUUAUUGAACCAAAAUAAUAUAAAAUCAACAACAACUAAUCGUCAAAAAAAACGUUUAACUAUUCAAUCAAUUCCAUCGAAAGAAUAUUUACCUGUAUUAGAAUCAAAAUUAUUACCUAUUGAUAAUGAUGAGAAUUUAAUAAAUAUUUGUGUUAAUUUACAUAAAUCAACAUUUAAUUUUAAAUCUUCACAAGAUAUUAAUGAAAAAUUAGAUGUUCGUUGGCAACGAGCAGAUGAAUUUAGUCAAAAAGGUAUUAUGCAAUGUAUACAAUUUUGUAUGCAAAUACCAGGAAAUAAUGAAUUAUCAAUUCAAGAACGUGCACAUUUACUUAAAUUAGGUGUACAUGCUAUUGCUUUACUUCGUUUAGCUUAUCGUUAUGAACCUGAAGAUGAUAAAUUAUAUUUAUCAAAUGGUUUAUCUGUUGAUGAAAAUACGCUUAUGACGCAAGGUUUUGGUUGUUAUGGACAUACAUUUUUACAAUUUUGCCGAAUAUUUAAUCGAUUAGAAUUAACCAUUGAAGAAUUUGUUCUUCUUUGUGGUAUUGUCUUUUUUAGUCAUGAUCGAAUUGAAGGUCAAACAACUAGAAAUAAAGUUGAACAAAUUCAAAUACGUUAUUGUGAACUUGAAAAAUUAUAUAUUGCAAAAAAUCGUACUAAUGAUCAAAUGCAAUUUUCGAAAUUACUUCUUCUCCUAUCGAAAUUAAGAGCAUUGGAUGCUUUAAUGGCCGAACGUCUUCUUUGUUUACAAAUGAAUACUGAUGGACAAGUACAAAAAUGUAUUUUUGAAGUGCUUCAUCGUGAAGCAACAAAUGUCGUUGUUGAUAUGGAAAUUAAUUUUCUUGAUGCUAUCGAUACAAAACCUGAUUAUAGUUGGCUAAAUUAUACAUCAAAUGGACAAAAUCCGGUUUCGCGGCCAUCACAUUAA